GGUUUAGUUGUAUUUGCGCAUGCUCGUUAUUUUUCUAUAUAUAUCCAAUCCGACCGUUAGACCGCCAUUGCUAACGUUUGUGACGAAAGACGUGGCUCGCUUCGAUCACAAGCAAAUUUUUAUUCCUCUAAUAACCGGAAUUCUCUUUGGAUCAUAUUCGUAAAGCACAAUGCGUGAAUGUAUCAGCAUCCAUGUUGGCCAAGCCGGAGUCCAGAUCGGUAAUGCCUGUUGGGAGUUAUACUGUCUGGAACAUGGCAUCCAACCCGACGGUCAAAUGCCUAGCGAUAAGACCAUCGGAGGCGGCGACGAUUCGUUUAAUACUUUCUUUAGUGAAACAGGAGCCGGAAAGCACGUACCUAGGGCCGUUUACGUAGAUCUGGAACCAACUGUAGUCGACGAAGUACGUACUGGGACUUACAGACAACUAUUCCAUCCCGAACAGUUGAUAACGGGAAAAGAAGAUGCAGCAAAUAAUUAUGCCAGAGGUCAUUAUACCAUCGGCAAGGAAAUAGUCGAUCUUGUCCUGGACCGUAUUCGCAAAUUGGCCGAUCAAUGUACUGGUCUUCAAGGGUUCCUUAUAUUCCACAGUUUUGGCGGCGGUACUGGGUCAGGGUUUACCUCCCUGCUGAUGGAGAGAUUAUCUGUCGAUUACGGCAAAAAGUCCAAGUUAGAAUUCGCUAUCUAUCCGGCUCCUCAAGUAUCAACUGCAGUUGUCGAACCAUACAAUUCUAUUUUGACCACCCAUACAACCUUGGAACAUUCCGAUUGCGCGUUCAUGGUGGACAACGAAGCCAUCUACGAUAUCUGUCGACGUAACUUGGACAUAGAGAGACCGACCUACACCAAUUUGAAUCGUCUGAUCGGUCAAAUCGUAUCUUCUAUUACGGCUUCCCUUCGUUUCGACGGUGCAUUGAAUGUGGAUCUGACAGAAUUCCAAACCAAUCUCGUGCCAUAUCCAAGAAUUCACUUCCCGUUAGUCACUUACGCUCCAGUCAUAUCCGCAGAGAAAGCUUAUCACGAACAGUUAACCGUAGCCGAAAUCACGAAUGCAUGUUUUGAGCCAGCUAACCAAAUGGUAAAAUGCGAUCCAAGACAUGGAAAAUACAUGGCUUGCUGUUUGUUGUACCGUGGAGAUGUUGUACCAAAGGACGUUAAUGCGGCCAUUGCCGCAAUCAAGACCAAGAGGACCAUUCAGUUCGUAGACUGGUGUCCCACAGGUUUUAAGGUCGGUAUCAAUUACCAACCGCCUACGGUAGUACCAGGAGGUGACCUGGCUAAAGUUCAACGUGCAGUAUGCAUGCUUUCAAACACAACAGCAAUAGCAGAAGCUUGGGCACGUUUAGAUCACAAAUUCGAUCUGAUGUACGCUAAGAGAGCUUUCGUACAUUGGUACGUGGGAGAAGGUAUGGAGGAAGGAGAGUUUUCCGAAGCCAGAGAAGAUUUAGCUGCUCUGGAAAAGGAUUACGAAGAAGUUGGCAUUGAUUCCACCGAGGGAGUGGAAGAGGAAGGUGGCGAAGAAUAUUAGCUUUCAACUUCAGCCAAUUCCUAAUUCUUGAAAUUAAAUAUUUCAGUUCAAAAAAAUGAAAAAUAAAAAUUAAUGAAAAAUU